AAUCAAUUUUACCAGAUUGCUUUAUUUAUAAUGACACGAGUGUUGAAUGCACUACAGAGUCAGCUGCUUUUUUCGGUGUUGUUGCAGCUGGCCAGUGCACAAACACAUUUCUACGAAACUUUUUAAUGGAAUCUGACAGACUGAUAAGAUGUAUGGUCAACUACUACAGAAAGAUAACCUUAAUAAGAUACAUUACGGUUUGGAGAAAUAUGACAUAUAAUAUGAUAAAGAGACAACGAAAGUUGAGUUUGACUCGAGCAUACGAUUAUGAACAAAUAAAGAAAGAUAAUGAGAUAAUUAAACCAGCGAUACUUCGACCAAUUAUUGCGAAUAAAAGAAAAAAUAAUGUAAAAGGAAACGUCGAUACAAUUAACCAUUUUCUACGACAAAAAGGAUGGAUUAAUAUAAAUGAUGUGGAAUUUAUCACUUAUUUUUCCAACAAGUUUCUAUUAGAAGAUGUGAUUAAAACUGUAACAAAAUUCAAUUGCGAUUCCACCAUACGUCAUGCUACAGUAUUUCUUGGAUGUUCUUACGCUAAUGAUUUAAAUAAAAUGUUUAUUAUAUUAAACAAAUUUCAAGAACAUUGUCAUAUGAUUUUACGUUCUAAGAACUUUCUUAAUAUUGCGCACAAUUGUACAGUCAAACUUGUAGAAAAAAUAGAUGAAAUUACUUCAUUGGCAACAUUCAUGAAAGGAGCUUUGGAUGCUAUCGAAGUAUUUCAUACCUUUCCAUGGAGUACACACAAAAAUAAGCAAAGUUUUAUUUUAUGCACAGUUAUAGCAAAUUUACAGAAGGAAGAAACUUUAAAGAAAUUAGUUCCAUUGGAAAACACAAUGAAUUCGAUUAAUCUAACAUUAAUGUAUAUUAAGCGGUUUUUACUCACAAGACAUAUAGAACUAUUACAGAAUAUGAAAUAUUGUACUCUAAAACCUUUAGAUUCGGAUUCAAUGUGGAAUUUUUGGGAUAAAGAACUUGGCAUAUUAAAAUCUCAAGAAAAAUAUCAAGAAUUUUUUUUAUAUCUUAAUAAUAAAAUAAUCAAUCUAGUCCAAACGAUAAUCCAGAAAAAGUAUGUUGAACUAGGUUUUGUAUUUAAUUCGGACAAAAAUCAGACGUUUUUACCUGAUUCGAGUACAGUUUUCAACAUAGGUUUUGUAAAAUAUCCUUCUAUAAAUAUGAUACAAAAUACGAAUAAUGUAAAUAUACAGGAAGAAAUUACACAAAAAAAUGUCAUAGAAAAUCUUUCUAUAAAUUCGAAACAAUAUAGCCAAGAAAUAGAUAUUCUGGAAAUAAUAUUACGAGAACAUAUGGAAAAAUAUCCUUUUUUAAAUUUUAUACAACAUAACGAUGAAGUAGAUAUUGAGGUAAACACUAGACAAGAAGAUGUUACACAAAAUUAUCCUAUAAAUUUGAUGCAUCAUAACUAUGAAAAAGAUUAUCUGGAAGAGAUAGUACGAGAAUGUAUGGUAUAUAAUUCUUCUAUAGAAUCGAUACAAUAUACCAAUGAAGUAAAUAUACAGGAAGGAAUCACACAAAAAGGUAUGGCAUAUUAUUCUCCUAUAAAUUUUGAACAAAAUAUAAAUGAAAUUAAUAUACACGAUGGAACUACACAAGAAGAUGUUAUACAAAAUUCUCCUCUAAAUUCGAUUCAAGAUAACUAUGAAGAAGAUUAUUUGAAAGAGAUAGCACAAGAAUAUAAUGCAAACUAUCUUCAUAUAAAUUCGAUACAAAAUACCAAUGAAGUAAAUAUACAGAAAGGAAUUACACAAGAAGAUGAUAUGCUUGAUGUGGAAGAUUUCUGAAUAAAUGAAACCAUUUAAUAUAUAUCUUUAAACAAUUUUCGUUUUGUUACUAUUAUAGUAAUUAACCAUUUUGUGGAUCCAAUUAUUGUAU